AUGUCGGUAAAAAGUCCACUGAAAUUCGGCUGGGCCCAUCUGACUAUUGCGUACAGAAAUAGACCAAUGCCCAACACUUGCCUUGGGCUGCAUAUGAUUCGUCGGGUCAUGGCCUCCAGCUCUCAGUUUCCAUCCCGAGAGGAGCACCCAAAGUGGAAGCUGCAUGUAGAUAUACUGUCCCCAAAGGAGAAGGCCAAAAGUCGAGAGCUAGUUUUACCAAUGCUUACUCGUCUGUCCUUUCCGUGGCAGGCGAUCAACAUUAAGUGGGAUCUAUGGAAAUUGAAAUGGUUUUGGGACUGGAAAUUUAACGAGUCACUAUUUGUGGACAGCUCAAAACAGGCGCUGGUGCUAGCCACCCGGUUCAUAGCCCAACAACGGGAGGAAUAUAUCAAAUGCUGCACUACGCAAAUGGGUUACAAGCAGAUCUUGCACGAUCUUAUCGGUCCAACGAAGCAGGAGUCCAGCGCCAAAUGCUGGCCAUGUCAGCUAAUGCGCUUCGAGCAUCGGCAUAUUUAUAGAGCGAUGCCAUUAAAGGUGCAUCGUUUGACACAAUAUGAUCGUAAGUUCGCCUUUAUAGACAUGCUCUUCUUGGCCAGCCGGAGAGGAAAUGAUUUCGCCACCAAGCAGGAAUUAUGUGAGAUGGAGAUACUGAUUGAGGAUCAUUUGCUAAAUGUUGAUAAAGUAUUGGUUCCAAAUCCAAUUGUGUUUGCCAAGAUAUUUGUUCGCUUUCGUCGCGAUUAUUCGUUGCCAGCUAAUCUGCGUUCGAGUCAUUGGCUAAUUUCCAGUUUUAAAAUCCUGGAACUGGAUGUACACAAUUCUUAUCAAUGA